GAGUGCAGAAUCAAAACAGUAAACAUGUGACAGCUCUGCAGACCGUCCCGCUAAAGGCUGAUAAAGGCUGAUAAAAUGCGAUGGGAAACGUUACUGCAGCAGUCAGAAACAAACCACACUAUUUAACCAACGUCUUUAUAUACUGGAGCGACUUUUUAUCUGACUGUGGAGGAAUGUUAAUCCGAGGAAAAGGUACUUUUGGCUAGUUUUAUCUGUCAGCCGCAGCAGCUCUAUGCUAGCUCUCCAUGGCUCUCUAUGGGCUGAACAUUACCAUAUAUAGACCGGCCACAGAGCUCCCUGGUCGGUGAAAUGUAAACGGUGACUCUCUGAGGAAGGCUGACAACAUACACAACUCAGCCUGAGAGAUAUAAAGACUCCAGCUUUCACCAUGUCAUCUGAGCAGGUCAUUGCCAUAGUCAUGGAUGACAAAAUCUACCAGGUGAACAAGAAGAAGCUGAUAGAGAAGAGCGACUACUUCCGAGCUCUGUACAGCUCCGGGAUGAGGGAGUCCACGGAGGACUCUGUGCAGCUGCAGGGGCUCAGUGUCCCCGGUCUGGAGCUGGUCCUGGAGUUCAUCAACACCUCCAAGGUGCAGGUGGUCAACGAGACUCUGGAGGACCUGAUCGAGACCGCCUCCUUCUUGCAGGUCACCUCCAUCCUCAAGCUCCUCACCUCUGAGAUAAAGCUGGAGAACUGCGUGGAGCUGUUCAGCCUGUCUGAAGUGUAUGGGACUCAUGAUCUGCGUAAGGCUUGUCUCAAAUACAUGAGCUGCUACUAUCAUCCCAUGCUGAGGAGGCCAGAGUUCAGCAGCCUCCCUUCUGCUGUCAGAGACCAAGUCAGGGAGAUGCGCAUGAGAGGCACCGCCACACUGGUGGCCAUAGGAGACUUCACCUGUCUCUCCUUGGACGUGCCAGACCAGGAUGAACCCUGGUCCAUGCUGAGGUACGGAGAGGUGGAGCAGCGCUGGAAACCGCUUGCAAACAACCUGCCUACAGAUAUGAUCAACGUGAGAGGAUAUGGCUCGGCUGUCCUGGAUAACUACCUGUUCAUAGUCGGUGGCUACCGGAUGACGAGUCAGGAGAUCUCUGCGGUGCACUGCUACAACCCCUGCAGGAACGAGUGGAACCAGGUGGCUCCGCUCAACCAGAAGAGGUCCAACUUCAAGCUGCUGGCAGUGCAAGGGAAGAUGUACGCUGUAGGAGGCCAGAGUCUGGGCACGGUGGAGUGUUACAGCCCAGAACAGGACUGGUGGACCUGUGUGUCCUCGAUGCCCGACCCGCUGGCUGAGUUCUCUGCCUGCGAAUGCCAGGGGAUGAUCUACGUCAUGGGUGGAUACACUGCAAGAGACAGGAACACAAGUGUCCUCCUUUACUGCCCAACGUCCGACACCUGGACGGUGUUUCGAACCUGCUCGGCGCACAUCCGCAAGCAGCAGAUGCUCUCGGUGGAGGACACCAUCUACCUGGUGGGCGGCUACACCCACGAACUGGAGGUGGGCCAGCGGCAGCGGCGCCCCAGCCAGACGGAGGACGUGCUGACGGUGCAGUCCUACAACGUCUCCACGGGCGAGUGGAUCCAGCUGAAGGAGAACACGUCCAAGUCGGGCCUGAACCUGACGUGCACGCUGCACAACGACGGCAUCUACAUCAUGAGCCGCGACGUCAGCCUGCCCACCAGCCUGGAGCACCGCGUCUUUCUCAAGUACAACAUCUUCUCUGACGCCUGGGAGGCCUUCAGACGCUUCCCGGCUCUGGGUCAGAACAUGCUGCUGUGUUCGCUUUACCUCCCCAACGUGCUGUGAUUGAGAGAGAGGGCUGAUGGGAAAGACUGCGUGGAGCCCAUGUGGCAUUAAUACAGGCCAGUGUGUGGCUUGCUUGUUCUCACACAGAAUGGGGCUCUGUGGCAUUAGCGGGAACAGUGUCCGGUUGCCAGGUUGAACGCCUCGUGACCUUUGUGCCUCAAAAAAAGAAAAAAAAACGCACUACAUUGUACAUACUGCUGUGGAUGCAAAUACAAAAGCUACAAUGAAAAGUAUGAAAGUGAUGAAGCGCCAUGGCCCGUAGGUCAACUGCAUCACAACAGCGAGCCCCAGUUUGUGCCUCUCAUGUGUUGACAUUAAAGUCACAGUCGUAAUCAUCCGUUUCUCUGAGAAAUAAUGUGAAAGUGUGAAAAACCACAAAGGUUGUUAAAGGGCCAGUGUGUAACAUUUAGAGGGAUCUAAAUCAGACGGAUCAGAAAUAUAAUAUUAAUAAGUAUGUUUUCUUUAGUGUAUAAUAAACCCUCUGGGUUUUUCAAACAUCAGCAGGUAAUUAUUUAUACAACGUUUACCUCUGUCGAAUCUAAUGCUAAUACAUGACACAAACAAACUGGGGUUACAUAACAGCAUGCCUUUACAUCUAUGGGCCACAAUAUUCCCCAAUGUUUACACUCCAAAUACGGCAUUGGUGUACAUGUUUAUCCACUACGAACCUUAAAAUAUCUCGUCUUUAUGAACUGUACAUAGCAGAUAAUCGUGAAAAAAUGGCUUUGGUUUUACACUGCCAGUUUUAAGGGGAUUAGAGGUUCCUUGAAAGUUGUUGUUUUUGGAUGAGAAGCUGCUCAGAGGGAGCUUAAUGUGUUAUACUUGCACAGUCUUAUUUUCCAGAGAUACACUAAGCUAAGCUUAAAGCGCAAUUCCAUGAAAUGAACGAUGCACAUGUGCCUUCUGCAACCUCAGUUAAUGAAAAAAAAAAAAAGCACAAAAUGCAAGACUUUGUUACAUUGCCAGCAACUGACCAAAACUGCUGUUUUGAUUUUCUCUCUCUGCUUAAAGCAGAUGUUGUUUUCAUUAAGGUACUUUUCAGUUAUUUGAUUUAAUAUCGGGGGGUGUGCACACACAAGAAAUGAGCCUUAAAGCUAAAUUUAUUUAUGAAACUCCUGAAUUUUUGGGUAAAUGCAGCACUUUUAAUGUUUUGGUUUGGUGGAUUUCAGAUGCUCUCUGCAUUAGUUGUUUGUUUGGGAAUUUAGGUCAUGAUAAUAAAGACGAUGUUCAGGG